AAUCAAUCCUGUGUGUGUGUGUCUCUUUCUCAUGCUCGCUCUUCUCCCCCUCAAACAAAGUAUUUAUAAACUACAACCUCACGACCAAGGCAGUUCACAGUGCUGAAAUAAUGGUGUGUCAGACAGUUUGCUCGGCUUCUAUGCUGCUUGCUCUGGGCUGGUUCCUUAUUGCAGGCACAGGUUCAGACCAUACUGAGGAGAAUCAUCAGUGUCUGUUCACGGCUAAAAACUACACUGAAUUAGCAAACAGUUUAAAGCUAAUUACUGAGCAGAUCGAUCAGAUUACUGGGUGUCAUGAGUUGGAACAACGCACUGAGAUAUACGCUCUGCUCCAGAACACUGCCGACAAGAUGCGAGCCAUACGCAUAAGAGCCUGCCACAAGGUCAGCCCAAAGAACUGUAGCAUUCCUUUGGUACCCAACAAUGGAGGCCUGAUGUGUCUGACCCUCAAUAAGACACGUUACUGCAAGCCAAUGUGUAACCAGGAGGCUGACUUUAAUUUCCUGCGGAAAAGCCGUCUAUUUGAGAGCUGUGGAGAGUCUACCCAAUAUCAGUGGACAACACAGUACGUGGGAGGAAGCAGGCUGGCUCAGUGCUCAGUUACCAGGAUGAAUUUGCAUGUGAGCGGAGAUGCUACGGCCUAUUUCCGCAGUACCUGUCACCAGGCUUUGCUGGAUUACGAGAACAGCAAGAUGAUGAUGAAUAACUUUAAGAAAGAACUUCAGGCCAAAGGGAUUGUGGGCAAAAUCAAAAACAGAACCGAGUGUCUUAUGUGUGGGAACAUUUCAGUCUGAACUCCCCCCACUUCCCCACUAUGUCCACUCCCCUCACCACCUUGACCCCUUCCCCUCA